AGACAAGGCGCAAGUGCCGAACCAAACAAAGCUAACAUAUCCGAACACCUCUCAAUAAAACUACGUUACAUUUUUAAACAUUUCGUCGCUAAAAAACAUUUCUCAAGUCUUAAAACUGGUACGUAUAUAAAUCUCGGGUCAAAUUCAAAUCUACGAGACGAACACAGAGGAUAGUCAAUAAAAAAUUGGCGACGAUGGCGAGGGCAAGCUCUGGCCUCGCGUACCCGGAACGAUUCUAUGCGGCGGCUGCUUACGUUGGCUUCGACGGAUCUCCCAAUUCCAACGACAAGGACAUUGGCUCCAGGUUCUCCAAUGACGUCGCUUUGAUCCUGUACGCCUUAUACCAGCAGGCUACUGUAGGCCCUUGUAAUGUUCCAAAACCGAGUUUGUGGAAUCCUGUCGAACAAGGCAAAUGGAAAAGCUGGAAGCAGCUUGGAAAUAUGGUGUCUGCAGAAGCUAUGCGUCUCUUUGUGAAAAUUUUGGAGGAAGAAGAACCAGGAUGGUAUUCACGGGCAUCUAACUCUGUUUUGGAGCCUGUUACAGAUGUACAAAUGAAUCAUAAUGCGAUUGUUGAGCCUAUCAUCGAAAACCGGAAUUCUUUUGCUGAGAGAAAGACCAUUUCUGCUGAAAAUGGAGGCCUGAUAGAAACUCAGGAUAUAGAUGUUGUAUCAGAAGGCCUUGGCUCAGUUGUUGUAUAUGAUCAGUGGACUUCACCUCCAAUAACUGGUCAAUGUCCCAAAGGCCGAUAUGAGCAUGCAGCAGCAGUUGUCGAGGACAAGAUGUAUAUAUAUGGUGGAAACCACAAUGGUCGUUACCUUAGUGAUCUUCAUGUUUUAGAUUUGAGAAGUUGUACUUGGUCAAAGGUUGAAGCUAAGGUUGAAUCUAAGUCUGUGGAAACGCCAUCUCCUGUAAAUAUAACCCCAUCUGCUGGUCAUUCAUUGAUACCUUGGGAGAACAAGCUUCUUUCAAUUGCUGGCCAUACAAAGGAUCCUUCUGAAACCUUCCAGGUGAAGGCAUUUGAUCUACAAAUUGGCACAUGGUCAAUGUUGAAUACUUAUGGAAAACCACCGGUCUCUCGUGGAGGUCAGUCUGUGACCCUUGUUGGAACAACCUUAGUGAUAUUUGGUGGACAGGACGCAAAGCAAACACUCUUGAAUGAUUUACAUAUACUUGACCUAGAAACCUUGACCUGGGAUGAAAUUGAUGCUGUGGGGGUGCCUCCCUCACCACGGUCUGGUCAUGCUGCUGCAGUGCAUGCAGAGCGUUACCUUCUUAUUUUUGGUGGGGGUUCACAUGCUACUUGCUUCAAUGAUUUGCAUGUCCUUGACUUGCAAACUAUGGAAUGGUCAAGACCCACACAGCAAGGUGAGAUACCAGUUCCUAGGGCUGGUCAUGCAGGUGUGACUGUUGGGGAGAACUGGUUUAUUGUUGGAGGUGGAGACAAUAAAAGUGGGGCAUCAGAAACUGUUGUCCUUAACAUGUCAACCCUCGCUUGGUCAGUUGUGACAUCAGUUGAAGGGCGCGUUCCUCUUGCUAGUGAGGGUUUAAGUCUGGUUGUGGGCUCUCUUAAUGGGGAAGAUAUACUUAUAUCUUUUGGUGGAUAUAAUGGACACUACAACAGUGAGGUUAAUGUUCUUAAGCCUAGUCACAAGUCAACCUUGCAAUCAAAGAUAAUGGAGGGUCCUGUUCCUGACAGUGUCUCUGCUGUGCAUAAUGCUACAAAUCCUACCAGAGAUUUAGAAUCCGAGUUUGAAGUUGGUCAAGAAGGAAAGAUACGAGAAACUGCUAUAGAUAAUUUUGAGCCCAUGAAAUCCAAAGGUGGGGAGACUAGUGAGCACAUUCUAGCAAUGCUCAAGGCGGAGAAGGAAGAACUAGAAUCAUCACUCAAUAAUGAGAAAUUGCUGUCUCUCCAGCUAAAGCAAGAACUAGCAGAUGCCGAGGCUCGAAACACAGACCUAUACAAGGAGCUCCAAUCUGUACGUGGUCAACUUGCGUCCGAGCAGUCAAGAUGUUUCAAAUUAGAGGUUGAUGUAGCAGAACUACGACAGAAGCAACAGACAAUGGAAACACUACAAAGGGAACUUGAACUCUUGCAGCGACAAAAAGCCACAUCUGAACAAGUUGCCAUAAAUGCAAAGCAGCGGCAGGGCUCCGGUGGCGUAUGGGGUUGGCUUGCAGGAAGAACUCCACAAAAUGCUGAUGAUGCUUGAAAACCUAAUUAAAUAGUGCUUGCAGGGAAGUCAUACCCGGUGCAAUGUUCUAUUCACUUGAUCAAGAGCUCAAACCAUGAUACAGCCUCUUCUUGCAAAGCCGGGGGGAGGUUGCGGACAUUAGGACCUUCUGCAAAUCCUUGUUUUAGUAGGAACCUAACGCAAUGGGCACUCUGUUUUUGUCAAAAUUUUGGGUAAAAUAUACAUAUAUUUCCUAUUCUACUUAAACCAGUUCUUUCUAUGAUCAGAAUAAUAAAUCUAGUUAACUCAAA